AUGCCCGAAACACCCAAAAGGCGUGGACGGCCCCGAAAGUACGGUACGCAAGAGGAGAAAGCGAGGCAAGAUGCCAUCGCCAAACGCGCUCGACGCGCUCGAAGACGGCUUCGGAACUCUCCAGCGCACAGAGAUAUCCGAUUUCAAGUUUACGUCGCCCAACCGACAGGUGCUUUGCCGCCCUCAUCCUCGCAGCAAAAUCGCUCCCAGUCAACAAACUGCCUCGAUGUCCUUGCAGAUGCCGCUAGCUUGUCAGACCGACUCAGCACAUCUCUCCCUUCGACCUCGAACCGCAUCACAAGCAACAUAAGCAACACCAUUGUGACCCGAAACGAAUUGUGUUCACAAUCAACAGACAGGGCUAUGCUCGCAUCGCCGUAUCCGCAGGAUUUCUGCAAUACGGCAAAGCCACGCGGGGCGAUCAACACGUGCUCAAAUUCGCUAGAAUCGUCAGGAGCAGCGGUGCUGCCCUCGUACGAAGUGGCACCGUAUGGUGGCAAUGACCACUCUAUCGGAAACAAUGACACAUACGAGACUUCGGAUUCUCAGUUGCAUUAUGAUAUUGUGUCAGAUUCUUCAGAGAGAGAAAGCGCCAUGCUCUCCUUGCCGGAGAGGAUAAGCGCCCCUCCCAGUCUAGAUGCACACGGAUUAGCCGAAAACGUCCCGAGUGGAAUACGGGAGGAUGAGAACACAAGCUAUCAAGAAGAAGGUGGUGGCGAUGGAUUAAUGUCUGACCUCGAGUCCCAGUCAGCCAAUGUUUUUGAAGCCGACUCUAGCUCCGAGUCGGACGUCUCAGAUACUCGAAGUGAGAUGGACAUCCACGACAGUGGUGUUCCUUCUGGGUCGGAUCUCUACUUGGCAAAAUGUUUCUUGGAAAGGAACUGGGAUCAUCUAUGUGAUUGCCAGGAAGAAGAAAGCGUCAGCUGGAGUGAACAGCCUGGGCUCGAUCUCCAGGAUAUGGCCGACUACUGGCGGAACCUUGGGGUACCAGAUUCAAUUGGUCCUGCGGCACCUCACGCUGGGACAGAUGAGAACGAACAUAUCCAAUUGGAUUGGUCCUCGAUACUAAGUGGUGGAAACAGUCGCCCAAGCUUAACCAUCCAGAGGUCUCAAAGGAUCACCCCAGGUAUUCAACGUACUUGGGAUGUGGACAGCGUCAUUUCCUGGGCUUCGUGUUUAUCAAUCAACCGUGGGCUUUACGUCUCGUACCAUCCUCCAACUUCAAGGAAUUUUGGAAGCAACAUUCAUGUCUUUCACCAAGGAAAGGCCUUGCAUCUCAUCCGUCACCUUCGACUAGGCAGCGGGCGCCAAUCCCCUCAGUUUGGCGUAUAUGUUUUCUUUCCCGGAAUUUCCCACGUCUGUCGAACGACUACGUACCUUACUAAAGAUGAACGGCGGAUGUGGAUCAACCAACUUCUUUUGCCCGCGAUUCGUUGCUGUUGCCCGCCUGAUGUGAUCCAACAUCAUCCUCGUUCCUUCAACGAUGUGGAGAGUAAAGCUUACAGCCGCCAACGGGAAACCUGCGGAGGAAUGGUUCCUAAUAGAAUGGAUAUGCAUCAUUACCUCCCCCAAGAAUACCUGCAGGCAAUCUGGCACCAUAUGAAUCAAAACACUGAGCAGCCCGAGCUUGCCAUGUUUUGCGGAAUGUUUAUUGUACUAAGCGCGAAGAACAUCAAACUAGAAGCAAAGUCUCCAACAUUCCAAGAAUGUCGUACCAAGAUCAUUAAUCACCUUCACCAAGUGUUAGAUUGGUCAAGAGCCGAUUUGUCCAACACAUGGGUAGAUGUUGGCCUCGAAAAUACUGCAGUUUCAGAGAAGUGCACAUUCUUGUUCAAAAGUCGAUGCUUGGAGUCCUGGGCCCAUUCGAUGAAGUAUAGCGCCGACAAGCCGCUGAUGUCGUCGGAACAUUUCAACUGGAACCUUACCGGCCAAGCAGGUAGCGCUAGAGUGGAGACUCGCCGAUCGCACCCCCUGCGCAAAGGGGGCAUUGCUUAUGCUCAACGUUACAACGUGAAUAAGGAUCUCUUCUCAACAGCCUCGAAGCGGGACUGUGGGUUGUUCAGUGAACCGAACCUAGAGGGGCUGACAUGCCCACCUUCAUUACUCGACGCUUGGAUUGUGGCUGCUCGGCAGUAUCGCAACGCCGGGCUGGCGACCUCACUCAAAUCUGCACCGCAACUCAAACGACUUCGCAAAGUAUUUCAAGCUAUGAAAUCUCGAAUAGGAUUUGCGCUGGACAGUUCUAUGGAGACGAGCUUCGGCGUUCGAGAAGAAUAUCGAAUCUCUUGGGAACUGUUCACGACUGUGAAUCCUUCGACAUCACACCCUCAUGGUUCACAUCGCCCAUUCUGGAUGUUGCCAACUACUCAUGUCAACGAAUUCAUGCGAUGGGAGUUCAAUCGCUGGCUCUCUGCUAUCGAAUAUGUCCGGUCUCGAGGAAGCCGUCGUGAUGCCAACUGGGAAGAUCAUCAAAGAAACAUGAUCAUGGUCACCAUCCUUCUUCGUUCUUUGAAAGCCAGUGUCAAUUGCCAUCAUAUUGCAAAGCGCUCACAAAUGUUCAAAGGCACAUAUAAAAACCGACAGGGAAAGUCUCUCCGUGGUUUAGAUUUCAAGAGCAGUAUGCAUCAGACAGGCCUCGCUUGGUUGCCUCCUGAUCUUUUCAAUUGGUCUGAGUUCCACCUCCGUGACGACCUCGUUGCGUCAACUACUUUCACUUUCAAUGGACUCCAGGGCGUGUUCCGCAACUGGAAGGACGUGGAUUCGGUAAGUCGAGAGUAUUGCAAAGCUAGAGAAUUGGAGGAUCACCUGCGGACCAGCGAGCCGAGUGAGUAUCCUGAUACCCUGGACCGCAUGCGGAAGAUGGUUUAUCGGCAAUUUGCACUCCAAGUCAUUCGACAAACCUGCAGCAACCUAGUGCUCGACUCGGGGCUCGAGAGUGAGCACGAAACGGCCUGGGAAGGUUACCAAGGACUGAGCUACGAUAUCAUCCACACCUUGGCUGGCGAGCCGCCUUAUCUGUCAUUUGCACGGAAAGGACCGCACAAGCUGGGAAGAACUUAUCAUGACAGGGUGCAAGGACUUUUCGACUGGGACGAUGGCCAGCUCACUACCAUUCGCCCGUUUAUCUCCGGUCUACAUCAAUGGAGGAUAUGGGAGGAUGACAUGGAGCUUUGCAGGGAGGACCGUUGGUUACUUGGUGGAAAUUUCCACAUGUCAGGCCUUCCCGUCAGUCUCCUGCCGGAAAAUGAGGUCGAGACUGAGACUGAGACUGAUGCUGCCGAAAUGAGGCUGCAGACCUUCUCAAUCGACUUUGGAUGUCCUUUCCCCUUCACCGAGAUCCCACGAACUAUCGAAGAAGGGCUCGACUUUACUCGACGACUAUAUGCUUCUGGUGAUCAGAAAAUCUUGGCACAUUACGAAACUGCUCGCGACUGUCUCGAGCAGGCCCUAGGGGACCCUUUAUGUGAUCUCCUGCUGAUGAUAGUGCUGACAUUUGCGUCAUCCACCGUCACGCCGACACUGCCACAGAACAAAACCAGUUUUGAGCCCGGGCCUCCCAAGCAUAGAGGGCUUUUAGCUGUGACACUCAUGACUCGAAUGCUUUGGUUCCUCUACCCGCAAUGGUUCCCUUGGGAAUGGGAUGGUGGUAUGAUUCUCCGAGUCCCUGAAAUGAUGAAGAAGAUGGGUAAGGACGUACUUCAGACCGAUCUGAUGAUUUGA